UGACUAACACUAAACUAAACUUAUCUCUGUAUCCGUCCUGGCAGGCACUGACAAGUCUCCGAGCGCCCCCGCGAGCCAACAGUCAGUGGACGCCAGCCAGCUGGCCUCAGACAGCCAGGAAGACGAUGAGGAGGGGGACACAACUUCUGACGAAGAGAGCGGCGAAGGCGGGAAAGACUCCACUACCCCAACAGCGAGCUCAGAAGAACAGACCAAUGCCCGCAGCCCCGAACGGCUGGAGACUGUGAAAGACCACGAAAACUCCGAGGAAAGCUUGCCGGUAAAAACAUCUCCGAGCCAAGGAAAUGACAUUGGAAGGCAGAGGAGAGGGAAAGAAAAAACUACCGCGGAUAUAUCCGCGCGAGUGUCCGUUAGCGCCGGCCAGCGGUUUAGUCCGGUCCCGGAGGAGCCAGCCCGAGGGUCCAGCCGCUCGGAGAGGCUUUCCGUCAGUUCAGGGAACGUGUCGAGCGGCAACACCAAGUACAAGUACUCGUCCCGCCUCACUUCUCCAGGAGGUCAUCCACUCCCGGCCGGCCUCGCUCUGCCCAAAUCUCUCGACUCUCACAUGCCUCUCCUCAUGUCGCCCAUGACCCUGCCCCUGACCUUGCUCUCCAAGCGGGGCGGAACCCCGGCUGGCAACAACCCGAUGAACGCUGUCGCGGCCAUGACCUACUUCCCUUCUCUAGACUCGUCUGCUGCCGAGGAGCAGCCGUUGGACUUGUCCAAGAAGUCGGACGCCCCGUCCUCCAGCAGGGAAAGGUCAGGCAAGACACGACCAUCUUCUUCCUCCUCCUCCUCCAAGCCAGAAGCGAGCAGUGACAGGACAAGUUCUUCAACCUCUAACGGUUUCUCCAGUUUACAAAGCCUGCAGCAGAGGUUCGGCGGAGAUUACCCGCUGGAACUGUCGCAUAAACCCGGGGCAACUGUCAUUCCUCUACAGCCCAGCGUUCUGCACAAGUCGGCGGGUCCCCCGCCACAUGCCGUACCCCUGCAGCCAGAGGCGCUACUGAAGAGUGCCGUGAGUGGCAAGUUCAAGGCUGGUGUCCGCAUGGACUGGCUGGAGAAACGAGAGAAAGAGACUGCAGACUCGCGAUCGCCGACGACAUCUCCACUGUCAAGGGCUGAGGGCUCGUCUCGCCAAGCGUCACCGUUGCUAGGAGACGAACAUCCGAGCCCCUUAGAGCUGGGCGGCAAGCAUACGAUCCAUCGGUGCUCGUGUCAGAGGUCAUUCAGUACGCUGUACGCCCUCAGCCUUCACCUCCAGGAGAGUGGUCACGUGCCUAGCUCAAACAAAGCUUCGUCUCUCAUGGACUACCCCAAGCUGGUGCGCGGACAGGACAUGUGGCUGAACCAGGAGUCUGAGCAGACGCGGCGCAUCCUGCGGUGCAUGCAGUGUGGCGAGUCCUUCAAGUCCCUGCCGCUGCUCACCGUGCACAUGAUGCAGACACAGCACUACACCAAGAUCGUCAGCUCUGACCACGGACGACGGUCGCAUAAAUGCUCCACCUACUGUGAUCGCGAGCUGGAUAAAGAGUGUAUAUUCAAAUGCAAGGUGUGCCACGAGGCCUUCUCCGAUAUGGAAGGUCUGGCCAACCACAUGAUCGUGUCGGGUCACCAUAAGAAGCAGUCAUCGCGACAAAUCCCCACUGCGGCUGCUCAUUUCCCGGAGCCAGCAUCUGCUGCAAGUUUGUCUUCCCUGGCCCGGCAAGGCAGGCGUAAGCGAUUUCUUCCUGAGGAGGCUGCUCUAAUGACAACUCCUCCAACAAUGAGCUCUUUACUGGACUACAGGCACAAGCCGUCCCCAGCGCUGCCCAGUAUGGCUCCUAUCAAUGGAAUCCACUGUCAGCCUGUCAAAAGCGCGGAGUCCAAGUCUCCGGACCCCCGGUCAGGAAAAGCUGUGUUGUGUGACAGCUGCGGCAAACACGUAGACGCACACGACUUUAACCCUCACGUUCGCGCCUGUCUCCGGCAGCGGGCUGAGGUCAUCGACGCCUUGAAGAGCAAACUGGCGGCAGAGGAAGCAAUUCUGUCCAGGUCAGAGAGCAAACUGCUGAGGUCAGGGUUCAGCUUGUCCUCUGUCACUGGCAGUGCCGAAGAGGCCGUUAUGAAACGAGAACCAAGGGCGUCAAGCGCUGCGUUAGUGGGAGACGAGUCGCCUCCUGCCAAGGUGUUAAGGGGCUCCCAGAGUAGUCCACUGGAUUUAGAUCUGAGCUCGGCGAGACUACAGAGAGAUAGGCCAGAGUCUCCUGUCCGGAGUCGCUCCGCCGAGCCAAGGAAAAUCAACUCAGCCUCGGAGAAGAGUGCUAAGGUUUGUGAUCUGAUUGAAGUGCCUCUGAAGAAAUGGUAUUGCCACGGGGAAGACGACAAUCUCCCAGCUGAACGUCAGGAAAGCAAGAGAAAGGACGAAUCUGUGGGAAGUGAAGUUCAGAAAGAAACAGACAUUAGCGUUGCUUCAAGAGAAGAGGGUCCCAGCCAUGAUGUGAUUAGUAAGAUAAAGAAAGAAAUACCGGAGGACGAACCUGCUUUGGACGAUGCAGGGAGUAGUGGUAGGUCGUCUUGCAGCCCAGAGGGAUCCCUCAAACGCAAACUACCAGAGCCGAACAGCAUCAGCAUACCUCAGUGUGCUGAGGUCAAGGUCGCCAGAAGCAGUAAGUUAAGCCCACAGGGGAAGAAAGAGAAUCCAGAAGAUUCUCUGGACUUUACGUCGUCCGCCUUGCACAAACUGGACAUGUUCUCCCGCGGCCUGCAGCUCUCCCCGCCCCACCACACCUUCUCCCCGGACACCCCCCUGCCCGGGCAGCACGGGAGUAAGACGGGCCGGAAAAGAGAUGUGCCUGGCGCAGGGGCCGGGCGGAAGGACCCUCUGAGUAAGUCCCCGCUCCCAAUGUCCACUUCUCCCUAUUCGCAUGGACAAAUAAAGACAGAAUCUCCAGGUCCUUCGAAAAAAGAAGUGACCUUUGACAUCAUUGACCCUAAUGCGGGAACAGAUAGAAGUGAGUCAUCCUCCUCGGCUUUGGAAGCUAUGGAAUCGUUUAUUCACAAAAGUUUCAGUGCCAAUUCGGAUAUUCGAUCUUCGAAUCUUGCAUCCAUGUUUAGUCCCUUUGGAAGUUGCUUCCCCUUACCUGGGUCUCUUCCCGGACAGAGUGGUCUCCCCACAGACCCGUCCGACCCCGCCCUCUCCUAUUUCACCAGAUUCUCCAAAUUCUUCAGGAUGAUCCCCGGCGCCAGCCCCCUCCCAGACCCCGCCACAGCCCACUUUCUGUCCGCCAAACACGGGAGAGUGCAGUUUGACGCCGCCAUGGCCUCUUCUUCUGGUGCGGACAAAGGCAAGAAACUGUCCAAUAAAACUUCUCUAUCUUCGCCAUUUCCCGCUUCGUUAUCAGCUGCAGCGUCGUCGUCCACUAUCAAAGUCCCAGUAGUUAAAUUUCCGCCCGACGGGCCGUCUCCACAUGGUUCUGCUAGUGCGGCAGAACUCGCGGGGCACAAACGGUUUUCUGACCAUGCGCCAGUUUCUAAACGCUACAAAUAUAGCACUCUGAAUUCCACAGAGAUGAAGGAACUUAGCCCGUACAUGGCUCACCAGAAGGCUGCUAUGUCUGCAGUUCGAUCUGAUGCGUGUCGUGAGGCGGCGCACGAAGAGAGUGUUCUACCAUCUACGAGUGAGCUCAAGUCUCGCUCGGAGGAGUUUCUCAGACAAAGACCGGGGGUUGCUGACAGGGACAUUCCCAGAUUGUACAAUGAGAAAUUUGAGGCUCCAGGUGUGGAUAUUGCAGAGAGGGAAACAAAUGAAAACACGAUCAAAGGCAAAAAAGCUACAGAAAACAAUGUUCUUCAGAAUGAAUCAAAGUCUGUUCAUGAUGACGUCGGGAACGUUAAGUCCGACAGAUUGUCCACGUCUAUAAAGUCCCAACAUGUUACUGAGUCACAGAGCUGUGUUAAGAAAGAAAUCCAAAGCAAAUCCAUAUCAGACGUGCCAAACCAUGAUGAGAGCAGAAAGGAGGAGAGUUCGGCUGCAAGAACAAAAUAUUCCCCAACUGAAGAUGAGGACAUGCCCCGCGAGGUCAAAACUGAGCCUACAGUCAGUGACGGGGAAGACCACGCCAGCCACAAUGGAGAAACUUACACUGAAGAAACUCCGAAGGAGCGAGAAUCGCCCACCGAAGAUUGUGAAUCUCGCGCUAAUUCAGACAAAGCUUCGAGCCAUGGCGAUUGUGGCUCACCCUCGGAGGAGAAAAGCCCAGACGACCAGACUGGCCCAGGUGGGAGACGGAGCAGACAUGCUGCUGAAAGUCCUAAAGGUAGUGGAGAAAGUAAAGAGAAGCUGAAUUCUGGCGGUGGCAAGAGGUUAGAGCGGGAGAGUAGUCAAGGGUCUAAAUGCUCUGAGGGGGAGAGUAAAGAUGAAAGUGUGGAAAAAGAAUUGGAAGAGACAGUUGUGGUGAAGGUGGAACCAGUUUCUGAGGAGAUAGAGGGGGGUGUGCCAGAAAAGAUUAUCAAUGGAGACAGAAGUCUUGGGAAAACGAACCCUGUAAAGCUGAAGAAAAACAGACAAAAGUACCUUGUGAGCAGCUCCCCUCCUGUGUCCAAGGCUGCUGAUAUGGGGCAAGCUGACUCUGAUACUAAUGAUGUGGACGAGGCUUCUAAAUGUUCCGAGCUCCAGUCUCGAUCACCCAACACGAAGAGAACUGACCUUAUUCCCCCCAGCUGCUGUGACAGCGAGACUGCCAGCUCUCCCUCUCGCUCACACACUCAGGACAACGUGGAGACUUCCGUAAACAGCGACGACGAAGUAGAGCAGGACCGCAAGAAGCGGUCUGCCUUAGACUCGUUGAGUUCCUUCGUGUACAGCCAGCCUCUCACCAGUGAGCAUCCGCUGGACAGCCUGCAAAAACUGCUCACCACCAACGACCUGGUGCCGUCUUCCAUAGACCCUCAACUCCUCAAACACACGGGGAUGUCUGCGUGUCAUUCUUUCUCCUCCGCGGCGACCGGCUCCAUCUCUUCCUCCCACGCAGCUUCGUCCACGUCGUCAAGCCAGGUAACGGCGUCAGGCGAACUUCCGGUCCCAGGCCCCCUCAACUUGUCCACGCGCGGCGCCUCCAGCACAGGGGGCUGCAGCAGUGAUGACAACGAUGACGGGGCGGAGGCGGCCGGGACAGAAGGGGGCGCCACCAGCGAAGGGGAGAUUACCGAGUAUAAAUGUGCAGCCUGCAAUAGGAGGUUCGCUUCCAAAGGCUCCUACCGGUACCACCUGAGCCGCUGUCAUUUGUCCAGCGUUAAGAAGUUCGGCAUCAAAGAAGCUUUCAACAUGAGUCCUUACGUUUACCUGCCCUUAGAUCACACGGCCAAGUUUUCCAAGUACUACCAGAUGGCCCAUGAACUAGCCAACAAAGGGAAAUAGAAGAGACUCGUUUUUGUGUGUGUCGUGUGUGUUCAAAUGGGGGCGCCGGCCAGUGAUCUGUGUAUGGAAGAUCUAAUCUGAUCACAUAAACAUUCAGAUCACUGCGUAGUUCACCAGGUGCUCUCAAUCUUCCGCAUAAUUAUAUUCUUUUCAUAAUCUGGCAUUGGAUUCCUGUUGGCAUGUAAGGCUGAAAGUCGUGCCAAAGAAAGACUGUGACUCGUACCAGUGAUUUUUCCAGAGCAGAUAUCAAUGUUUGAUCAAUCUCAGGAAAAAAAGGAUUUUUCACAACCAGUUACACAGAACUGCAGACGGCACAUAAGCGAUCAGUUGCAUGGAGUGACACGUAGCAUAAUUAUUUUACUUUGGCUUCCUGGUUAUGAGUGGAGCUCCAGCUCAUUUCGCUGUAAUAAUUAUGUGUGUGUGUGUGUGUGUGUGUGUGUGUGUGUGU